AUGAAGUUUUUAAUUGGUAUUUCAGCUUUUUUGGUUCUUUCAUUAACGGUUAACGCUGCACCAGUGGGUUUGGAUAAAAGACGAUUCGGUCAAGAACAUACUCCACAAGCUGAUGCAACGUUUCAAGAAAUUAAAGAUAUCGCUCAAGGUACUGGUAAGGAGGGACAAGCUGGUGAUCUGUCGGGAGCUAUGGUUCGGGCACUUUUAGCUAAAGCUCCUGCAUGUGAUCAACAAGAUCGUGCUGAUGAUAUUAUUGAUCUUGGUCAGCAAAUCGGAGGUGAUAAAGAGCAACAAAUGAUUAAACUUGCCCAAACAUAUCGACAACUUGAACGUAAUACUCCUAAUGCUGGUCAACCAUCCGAGCUUUGUACAAAACCUCCAAAACACAAAGAGCUUGACGGAUUAACGCAAGCCCAAGAUCCAACUGGUAAAAAUGGUGUUAACACUAGUAACACCAAUACUAUCAGCGUUGACAAUGUUAGCAACAAUGGUAACGAUGUUAACAAAGAUAACAAUGAUGACAAUGGUGAAAAAGGUAAAGAUUGCAAAGGCAAGGACAAGAAAGACAAGGGCAAAGACAAGGGCAAAGACAAGGGCAAAGGCAAGGGUAAAGGCAAGAAGUGUAAAGGAAAAAAAGAAAAAAAGGGUAAAGGUAAAAAGGGUAAAGGCAAAAAGUGUAAAGGCAAAAAGGAUUUGGAAAUGAAAAAGAGACAAAGCAAUACUGAUCAGAAUAUUGCAGAAACAAACCCUGUUGGUGGAGUUAAAAUGCCAAAAAUAGAACAAAAUAACGGAGAAUUUAUAGUUAAUGGCGAUAAAUUUGUCAAUGUUGAUGCCGCUCAUGGUCGUCAAUGCGACGUUCAACAUAAUUUAUGUUUCAAUAAAUUUAACUCUGGCGAUAAGAGUUUCUCUGGACAAGAUUGUGAUACUCAAGAUACUACUUGCAAAGCGGGUCCUCCAGUUUUCGCAUGA